GCGGCCGCGCAUUUCGCAUCUCUCCCUCCCCCUCUCUCGUCGUCGCUGCUCCGCCUCACGAUUGCCGCGGCCGUCGUCCUCGGCUCCGACGAGCUACCGGCGAGGGGUGCCACCGUGCGCUUUCUGCUGGUGGUGGUGGCCGCCUUCGUCGAGGCUCUGUCCUGACCGCCGGCGUGGGGUGCCCGAGCUCCACCACCGGCGACGACUCCUCCUCCGCCGCGCGCGCUCCCCCAGCCUGCUUCGUUUGCGGGGGUAGCCGGGGCUCCGGCCUCGGCGGCUUUCAAAGCCCCCUUCCUCACAACAGGAUCCAAAAUCCCGUCCUAGAGUUCUUCUACCUCCCGUUCCAGAACUUUCUCUUUUGGCAUCCUUGAUACAAUCUUGCCCCUCCCAGUUUUUCGUUUCUUUGUUUCUUUUGUUUCUUUCGAUCUCUUUCUUGUUCUUGCUGCUGAUAGAUCGAUCCAUCCAUCCAUCCACCACCUCACCUCAUUCUUUUUCGUUUUGAUUCUUCGCCGCUAACGCCACCCAAACAGACAACAGAUUUACAGGAGAAGAAAUAACAACAAAAAAAAAGGCUAACUUUUUUUCUGUGGAUUCUAGCGUUCUCCGGUUGUGACGAGAUGCCUGCGCUCGCCGUUGACGCUGCCGCACCUGUGGCGCACGCCUUCGCGGCGUGCGACGCGGCACGCUUCCCCGCGCCGCUGAUGGGCCCCACCGCGGCUGCCACGGCGACGGAAAAGCCGGACGCGGCCGCGUGGUCGGCCGACCUGUCGUCCGCGCUGUACAACGUGGACGGCUGGGGGGCACCGUACUUCUUCGUCAACGAUGACGGCGACGUCGCCGUGCGCCCGCACGGCGCCGCCACGCUGCCCGGGCAGGAGAUCGACCUCGCCAAGGUGGUGGCCAAGGCCGCCGGCCCUCGCGCCGGAGGCGGGCUGGGCCUGCCGCUGCCGCUCCUGGUGCGGUUCCCAGACGUGCUCCGCCACCGCGUGGAAGCCCUCAACGCGGCGUUCGACUACGCCGUGCGCUCCACCGGCUACGGCGGGAGGUACCAGGGCGUGUACCCCGUCAAGUGCAACCAGGACAGGCACGUCGUGGAGGACAUUGUGGAGUUCGGCGAGCCGUUCCGCUUCGGCCUGGAGGCCGGCUCCAAGCCGGAGCUGCUGCUCGCGAUGAGCUGCCUCGCCGCGCGCGGCAACCCGGACGCCCUGCUCAUCUGCAACGGCUACAAGGACGACGAGUACGUCUCUCUCGCGCUCAUCGCGCGCACCAUGGGGCUCAACACGGUCAUCGUGCUCGAGCAGGAGGAGGAGCUCGACAUUGUCGUCGAGGCCAGCCGCCGCCUCGGCGUGCGCCCGGUGGUCGGCAUGCGCGCUAAGCUGCGCACCAAGCACGCCGGCCACUUCGGCUCCACGUCGGGGGAGAAGGGCAAGUUCGGCCUGAACGCCGCGCAGAUUCUCUCCGUCGUCGCCAAGCUCAAGACCCUUGGUAUGCUCGACUGCCUCCAGCUCCUGCACUUCCACAUUGGCUCCCAGAUCCCGACCACCGGCCUGCUCGCCGAUGGCGUCGGCGAGGCCGCGCAGAUCUACUGCGAGCUCGCCCGCCUGGGCGCCGCCAUGCGUGUCAUCGACGUUGGUGGAGGCCUCGGCAUUGACUACGACGGGAGUCACUCGGCGCAGACCGACAUGUCCGUGGCAUACAGCUUGGAGGAGUACGCGGCGGCCGUGGUGGCCGCCGUCGGCCGCGUCUGUGACCGCAAGGGGGUCGCGCAUCCCAUCAUCUGCAGCGAGAGUGGCCGCGCGCUGGUGUCGCACCACUCCGUCCUGGUGUUCGAGGCCUUCUCGGCUUCGCCGCCUGGCCGCAUUGACCCGGCGACGGGCUACCUCCUCGACGAGCUCACCGACGACUGCCACGCCGACUACCGCAACCUCAUGGCCGCGGCGGUGCGCGGCGACUUCGAUACCUGCGCUCUCUACGCCGACCAGCUGAAGCGUCGCUGCGCCGAGCAGUUCAAGGAGGGUGUUCUUGGGCUGGAGCACCUCGCCGCGGUUGACAGCCUCUGCGAGAUCGUCGCCCGCGGCAUGGGCGCCGCCGAGCCGCCGCGCACGUACCACAUCAACCUGUCCGUGUUCACCUCCCUGCCGGACAUGUGGGCCAUCGGCCAGAUGUUCCCGAUCAUCCCGAUCCAGCGCCUCGGUGAGCGCCCUGCCGUCGACGGUGUCCUCUCCGACCUCACCUGCGACAGCGACGGCAAGGUCGAGCACUUCAUCGGCGGGAGGCACAGCCUGCCUCUGCACGAGCUCCCCGUCCAUGGCACCCGCGGCUACUACCUCGGCAUGUUCCUCGGCGGCGCCUACCAGGAGGCACUCGGCGGGCUGCACAACCUGUUCGGCGGGCCGAGCGUGGUGCGCGUGUCGCAGAGCGACGGCCCGCACUGCUUCGCCGUCACGCGCGCGGCGGCGGGCCCGUCCUGCGCCGACGUGCUCCGCUCGAUGCAGCACGAGCCGGAGGUGAUGUUCGAGGUCCUCAAGCAGAGAACCGACGGCGCCACCGCCGCCGCCCUCGCCAGAGCGUUCGGCGCAAUGCCGUACCUGUCGUUCGACCCGGAGGCCGCGUCGAUGGCCAGCGGGGAGAGCAGCGGCAUGAGCAGCGACUCGGAGGGGUCGGCCGCCGGCGUGGCCGAGGAGGACGAUGAUGAGUGGGAGUUCAUGCGCGGGCUCACCGUGUGACUGAAGCCGCCAUCGCCGGCUUCUUCAUGGGAGGGGUGGUUCUUGCACCUCCACCUCCCCUGUACCUGUCCCGCUGGUGAUGUUUGUUACCAGCAGUCGUCGUCGUCGUCGUCGUCCCCGUCGCCGAUGGUAAUCUCCGCCCAGUGUGUUGUAUCGUGUCAUGGUCGUUGUCGUCGGGCGUCUCGUCGCCGUAGUCUCGCCGGAGUUUCUGGCGCCACCUUUUUACUUCGCAAGCGUCAGUGUCCACUGUUUCGCUUCUUUCAAUUCCAGAACAAUAAGAUGAGGAACAAAAUAAGUCUUCGUUCGAUUAUUAA